AUGAUAUUUGUUCUUGACAGUGAAUCUUAUUUAUCUGAUGUUCGUAAAUGUUUGGAAAAUGAAUGUACAAAACGUGGUUUAGGAAAACAUCUAGUUAAAUACUAUGGUUUAGUUAGUGCUCGAACUAGAUAUGACAUUGAAGAAUUUAUUUCGAAAUAUUCAGGUGGUGUUUAUCUUUUGAGUGAUACAAAUGUUGGAAAAAGUUGUUUAUUUAACAGUUUGAUUGAUUCUGACCUUAGUCCUAUUCGAGCACUUGAUUGUGUUCAAUGUGCAACUAUAUGA